CUUCUGAGAUUAGUAUACGCACUGAGUGGGGAAGGGGUAGGCUAUAUUUUCAAUGAGGAAAACAGUGUCUGUCAAACGUCACAUGGGGCUGGGACCGAUUGCUUCCUGAAAUGCUGUUCAUCGUUGUAUUUUUUUCCCCACUACGGUACUAGUAUUAGGCUUUUCAUUCAUUUCUGUAUCGGUUUAUUAUUUCUUCCGCAAUGAUAAGCAAAGUCAAAAAUGCGAUGUCCACGCUGGUGGGUGGAAUGAUGCCCCACGGUCACAACCAGCACCACGGAUCCGGGAACGUUCACCACCAGAACUGUCACCAGGACGGUCUGCCUCCACGGUUCCCCUACGGUCGACCUGAGUUUCUGGAUCUUACACCAGAGCUUCUUCAAUACUCGACAGAACAUGCUUCUCGACCGGUGCUGACGUUGAAGAGGGACAGCAGGCUUCCCUGGCUGACGGGAUACGCAGAGACCAUCAAUGCUGGGAAGAGCAUGCUGAAUGAGGACCAGGCGUCCUGUGAACUGCUCUACGUGAAGAAGCUGAGCAACAAAAAACAGCGUAACUCCACACUGCUGGACGACAAUGGGGACGGCACAGGGAUCCCAUUGCAGUACUGGGGCGUGUUCGACGGUCAUGCAGGCUCAGGGUGUGCCAUCAUGGCAUCUAAACUCCUCCAUCGCCUCAUCAGAGACAGACUGGGGGACAUCGCCCACCUGCUGGAGAACCCCUCCGUGACACCCCCUAUCUGCCUGGCCAAGAACGGCAGCCCCUACCAGCUGGAGGUGAAGAAGGGAGCAAAUUCCACCCAGGACCCAGAGGACCCUAAUGCCAUCACUGACCCCUCCAUCCGCUUCCACAUGGAGAAGACUGUCAGUCUGGAGAGUCUGAUAAUGGGCAUCAUAGAAAACGCCUUCAAACAGAUGGAUGAACUGAUAGAGAAGGAGAAGACGUCCUUUACCAUCUCUGGUGGGUGUUGUGCCUUGGCUGCCAUCCAUUUAAUGGGGAAGCUCUAUGUUGCCAAUGCUGGAGACAGCAGAGCCAUCAUCAUCCGUAACAAUGAAGUCAUCCCCAUGUCCAACGAGUUCACACCCGAGUCUGAGAGGCAGCGCCUGCAGUAUCUGGGCUUCCUGAGACCGGAGCUGCUGGGGAAUGAGUUCACACACUUGGAGUUCCCUCGCAGGAUCCAGCACAAGGAGCUGGACAAGAAGAUGCUCUUCAGGGACCACACAAUGAACGGCUGGGCUUACAAGACCAUCAUAGAAGACGACCUCAAGUUCCCGCUUAUAUAUGGAGAGGGUAAAAAGGCCCGUGUCAUGGCCACCAUUGGGGUAACACGUGGCCUAGGGGAUCAUGACCUGAAGGUGUACAACUCCAACAUCUACAUCAAACCCUUUCUCUCCUGCUGCCCAGAGGUGAUUGUGUACGACAUGUCUGAGUUCAAGCAUGGCCCGAAUGACGUGCUGGUGAUGGGUACAGAUGGGCUGUGGGACGUGACCACAGACAGGGAGGUAGCAGACGCAGUCUCAGGCUUCCUGUCCUGCUGCGAGCCCACUGAUCCUGUGAGAUACACACUGGCCGCUCAGGACCUGUUGAUGCGGUCGCGAGGGGUCCUGAAGGAGAGGGGCUGGCGGUUACCCAAUGAGAGGCUGGGUUCAGGAGACGACAUCACUUGUUAUGUGAUCCCCUUGGCGGGACCGGUAGGGCCCGAGACAGAGACAUGACAGGCCUUGUCCCACCACCCUACCAGGAGAGGACGAACUCCCUAGGACCGACCAGGGUCAAUCCUUCCCCCUUACCCCCUCUACCCUGGGGGAAGGGUGAAGAAAACACCUCCCUUUUAUAGGGAAGCCUCAGGUUGGAGAGCUGGCUGCUGACACCUGUCAACCGGCCCAUCUUCCUGGCUUCUGGAACAAUCCACUGGGCUCUAAUUAUUGUUUUUGUUUGGUACUCAUGUAACAGGUGUUCAAUGACAUUACCUGACCGACCGAAAACAUGUCAAUUUCUGAAAUCUGCUCUUUUUGAUCGCUACUUAACGAGAACCCUCCCCCUGCAGUUUCAUGUUUUAAUCUCUCUAAUUAAUUGGCUGAUAUUUGCAGCAGGAUUGGUUUGGCCAUAUUCUGAUAGAAGUGCUUGGUUAGUCUUUUCUAAAUACCUCCUUAUUACCUUAUGACCCCCACAUGUGAUUUAUAGAAUGCUAAAUUCCUAAAAUAAUCUAAUUUAUUGCUUGUGUAGAGUACAGUAUGACAGGUGGAGGUAGAUGGCCCGGCACAUUGUCUAAAAUCAAAUAGUAUGACUGAUAGCAAUUGAGGGACUAGCAUCACAUAGGAGUGACGCCACUGCUCAGAAGGCAGUGGAGCUCUGUGACAAAAUAACUACAGUAGUGGCCAAAAGUUUUGAGAAUGACACAAAUAUUAAUUUUCACAAAGUCUGCUGCCUCAGUUUGUAUGAUGGCAAUUUGCAUAUACUCCAGAAUGUUAUGAAGAGUGAUCAGAUGAAUUGCAAAGUCCCUCUUUGCCAUGCAAAUGAACUGAAUCUCCAGAAAAUAUUUCCACUGUAUUUCAGCCCUGCCACAAAAGGACCAGCUGACAUCAUGUCAGUGAUUCUCUCGUUAACACAGGUGUGAGUGUUGACGAGGACAAGGCUGGAGAUCACUC